AUGUCUAACCAACCAACCGCGAGUAAAGAGGAGGAUGAGAUUGCACCUCCACAGCGACCGCCCUCUCCCCUCCACACACCACCUUCGCUGCGAGAGGCCCCCACAUUCUCUGCAUUUCGGCCUCGCGACAUACGGAUACAAUCACCCCAGUCCAUGAACCAUGUCGCUUGGAGCUGUGAUGGCAAGCGGCUAGGAGCAGUGGGGAUAGACAAGGCCGUCCGCCUUUGGAACCCAGAGAAAAGCAUGGAGCUUCGAGCGGCAACUAUGUUCUCAGGAGGGUACCAAGACGAAGUCGAUUACAUAGCAUGGAAUCCCACACAUCCCGACCUCUUCUGCGCUUCCGGGCAGAAAGACCGCAAAAUCGUGUUCUUUGAUACACGGCAGAGUCGUUCCGUACAGUCUCUUCAAUUGAGAGCCUUCCCGGUUCAGCUCAACUACUCUCCCGAUGGAAAGACCGUGCUCUAUACAACAUCAGGGAAGCAGCUGUACGGGAUGACUUGCAGCAAACAAGGUGAAGAAACGAAAGAGCAAUGGCAUCUGUGGGACAAGGAUCCGAUUCCCGCUUCUACCGUGACAUUCAACCACGCUGGAGAUGGACUCAUUCUGACCCAUCAGUCAGAGGCAACGAUCCGGAUUCUGGAUUAUCCUUCCCUGUCAAUCGUGCACGCGACGCCUGCUCACGUAGGAGGAUGCGUCGCGGCUGCUCUGGAUCCACGAGGCAGAUACCUUGCAUCGGGUGGUCACGACUCCAUCGUGAACCUCUUCGACCUGUCAGAGUGGAUCUGCACGCGUACAAUCACCGCAUGCGAUAACGCUAUCAACGCACUCAGCUUCUCCCACGACGGAGAGUUCCUGGCAAUCGCGAAUGCAGGCUCGUACAUUGACAUCUGCGCUACGGAGACGGGUAUACCGUUGCAUCGAGUCCCCGCACUAGGAUCCUCUCCCACUGUUGCUUGGCAUCCGUCCAAGUACGUGAUUGCAUAUUGCGGGCAAACCAAGAUCAGGGAAGGUGGUCCUCCUCCAUCCGCUUGGAUCAGUCUUUUCGGCCCUGGAAUGUAA